ACCCCCCCCCCACACACCCCUCGUCGAGCGUCAGGCAAGUUUGUUUUCGGGUCAUUUCGAGUGGGGUGACCAGGCAGAAAAAAACAACAACCCAACAACCAACAAUGCCCCAUUUCUGGUGGUCGGAGUCGCUGUCGCCGGCUCAACUCAAGCGGCUGGAGGAGCACAAGUACAGCGCCUCCGGUCGCUCCCUGCUCGAGCCGCCGUGUCAGGUCUACUGGAACUGGCUGGUGGAGCAGAUACCGACAUGGGUCGCGCCGAACACCCUGACUAUCGUCGGACUGCUGAUCAACAUCGUCUCCACGGUGGUGCUGAUGUAUUAUUGUCCCACGGCGACGGAGGAGGCUCCGGCAUGGGCCUUCAUCAUGAGCGCCCUGGGCCUGUUCAUCUACCAGUCUCUGGACGCCAUCGACGGGAAGCAGGCCAGGCGGACCAACAGCAGCUCGGCGCUGGGGGAGCUCUUUGACCACGGCUGCGACGCUGUCUCCACAGUCUUCGUUGCUGUGGGAACAUGCGUUUCGUGUGGCGUCGGAAAAUACCCGGACUGGAUGUUCUUUUGUGGUUUCAUCGGGAUGUUCAUGUUCUUCUGCGCCCACUGGCAGACCUACGUGUCCGGGACCCUCCGCUUCGGCCUGAUUGACGUCACAGAGGUGCAGAUCGCCAUCACCGUCAUGUACCUGAUGUCGGCCUUCGGAGGCGUGGGCCUUUGGCACACUACGUUGCCCGUCAUUGGAAUACAGAUGUUCGUCUUCCCCAUCAUCGGCAUCACCGGCGGGGCCCUCUACUCCUGCUACAACUAUUUUUACGUCAUUCUGAACGGAGGCGUCGGCAAAAACGGCUCCACAGUGGCCGACACGAGUGUGCUGAGUCCCGGUCUGCACAUCGGCCUCGUCCUCACCCUGGCCUUCAUCAUUUUCAAGAAGUCGUCCAGCCAGCUGUUUGAGCUGCACCCGUGUUUGUACCUGCUCGCCUUUGGCCUGGUCACCUCCAAGAUCUCCAACAAGCUGGUGGUCGCACACAUGACCAAGAGCGAGUUGCACCUGCCGGACACGGCCUUCGUGGGCCCCGGCCUCCUCUUCCUCAACCAGUACUUCAACAGCUUCAUCGACGAGCAUAUAGUCCUGUGGAUCGCCAUGGUCUUCUCCCUCGUGGAUCUGACACGCUACUGCACCGGCGUGUGCCUCCAGAUCGCCUCCCACCUGCGCAUCCGCGUCUUUAGCAUCACGCCGCCAAGCCAGCUGCACCGCGACUGACGGCCUGCCCGGCGGGAGGAGGCGGGGGGAGACUCUGGUUUCUCCCCGCUCCUGAAAGCAGACGACGACGAGGAGGAGGAGAGAGCCUCCUCGAACCCGAGCCACUGCAGCCUUGACAAAGUGACCACUUCUGAUUAAAAACUGCCCCCUCACCCCCAAGAAGGAAAAAUAUAAAUAACUUUACAAACCAAAAAAAGGGAAGAAAAAAAAAAAAGUUUUGAAAAGCAUGGAUCUGUUGAAAGUGGAAGUGACGUGGAAUUCCUUUGAAUUCCUCAUCGGCUGUUGCAGCCGAUAAGUUUUAAUAUUGAAAUCAUCGCAUGUGUUCAGAAGAUACAGUUUAGAGUUUUACAUCUUCCUCCUGCUUUAUUCAACUCAAAAACCAAAACACUUUUCUACCAGGUACUUCAUAGUCCCGGCCCGAGAUUAAGGAAUAUUAUCUACGUUAAAUAUAAAAGGUGUGUGGGGUUGUCAUAUGUUUAAGAUAUUUCGGAGUCAUGAGUGCAAUAAGGUGAACUUCUUACUUCUUUUGAUAUUUGCUCAAACUAAAUGUGUCGGCUGUUGAAAGUUUUCUUGAUUUGUUUUUAAUUCUUCGAAAUGAAUGUGAAUCAAUCUGGCAAAAAAAAAAAAAACGAGGGCUCGAAAACCCAAAUGAAAAAUUGAAGGCCUUUUAAAACCUCAAAUCAUUUCCAAUGCUUUUUGAGGAUGUGGACGGGCGGGUUGUCAUGGCGUCGGGGCGACAGUCUGUGUUGGUGCUGAAAACAACGACGGGUUUUUCUAUCAGGUGUCUCCCUUUAAAAAAAAACACCUGUCAAUCAAUAUUGGCCUUCCCCGGUUACUCAUCUCAUCCUUCAAAACUGGAAAAAUAAAAUACACCCCCCCCCCUUGCCUGUUAGAGCGCCGUCGACUAAUGAAGCACCAACACACGACUUGUUCUGCUUUCUGUGUUCUUCUCCCUGAAGGGCUAAUAGCUAAUUAUAUGUGAUUGUACAGAAUUCAACUGAAAACGCCUUAAAUAUUUUUUGUUGUAAUUACGGUUUGACUUGUGAAUAUUUAAGACAGCUUUGUACAUUUUUCUUUUUUUUCACUGAAGUAUCAAACCAGAUGCAACAGUAGUAAUAAUAUGAUGCCACUGGACUAUAAAUGUAUAAUAUUGAUUGGGGAUUGAUCCAUUUCAUCUGAUUAAAUUUCAUUGAGUUGGUGUAAUCUGGUAUGUUCAUAUUUCAGGUUAUUUAGGUUCAAAAGGGAUAUUUCAGUAGUGCUUGUAAGGAUUAAAAAACAAUGGUACUCAUGAAUUUGAUUUGAAAAAGUGUCCUCUCAGAUUCUUCUUCUGCAGGGUCAUGGACUAGAAAAGAGGGGCACGUCCCCAAACUUGAUUUCAGUAAAUUUACGAUGGACUUUGGAACUAUGCAUUGAAAUGUACAACCUUAAUUUUACCACCACGUUGCACUGUUCAAUAAUACAGUAAAACACCUUUCUACUAACAGAUGUUGUACGAGUGGAAAAGAUUGUAAUAAACCAAUAUUUUUCA